GGAAGCGGCAGUUCUGAGUCUGGUGAAGGAAAUAGUAGCGAAUCCGGUUCUAGCGAAAGUACAGAAACUCUUACUACUGGUACAAUAGAUAGUAGCGAAUCCGCUUCCAGCGAAAGUACAGAAACUCUUACUACUAGUACAUCUGGUGAAGAUGGCAGCGAUGAAUCUGGCUCCAGUGAGAGUACGGAAACUUUGACUGGAACAAUAAUAACUUCACCAACAACUACAACAACAACGACAUCGACAACUACAACGUCCACAACAACAACAACAACAACAACACCCACAACAACAACUCCGACCACUACAACUACUACAACCACGACAACGACCACUACAACUCCUUUGCCCGGAAUAUGUGCUACUUUAGUUACGGGCGAUGGUACCCCAUGCAGAUUUAUGUCCUAUAAUUCAAUGGUUAUAUUCAAUGCGAAAAAUUAUUGUGAAGAUUACCAACAAAUACCGAAAAUGCCAGUUUCAAGUUGUCCCAUAAUGUGCGGUUGUGUUAAACCACCACAAAUUCAAAGUUGGGGCUAG